AUGAUCGAAACACUGUUUCAUAUUCCUGCACAGUUGAUGUCCGUAUCUCAUGGAGUAGCACAGUUUUCAACAUAUGAACUACUGUCCAAAUGGACAGGAUCGUAUGAGCCUCAUGCAAAAUAUUUACCAGCGAUAGACUUCACUUGCGGUUGUGUCGCAGGGGCAGCGGGAACAGUAUUUUCAAACCCAGCUGAUGUUGUACGAACACGAGUUGUAGGCUUUCCUGGAAUCAAAUAUCGCGGAUUGUUUCCAACGGCUAUGGAUAUUUACAGAAAGGAAGGCGUAAAAGCUUUUUUUAGGGGUACUGUUCCGGGAGUCCUCAGUAGAGCGCCUCUUGCUGGAUUGCAGUUCUCGUUUUAUCGAAUAUCUGUCGAACUAUAUGAGUCACUGACAGAUUCAAUGCCUGGCGUUCCUGCCCAAUCAUCAUAUUUAUUUUCUGGAGCAUUGGCCGGCUUUAUAGCUGAAAGCACUAUUUAUCCUUUGGACACGAUACGGAAAAGGCAAAUGAUCCAAGGCCAAAGAGUUUUCUACGAUUGUUUCAUAAACAUGAAAUGUAUGAACGAGUCGGCCAGUGCGGCAUGUGCAGGAGCUUGUGCAGGUUCACUGUCCAAAACAGUCCUUUACCCAUUGGAACUGAUUAGGAGGAUGCUUCAAGUUCAGGGUUCGUCACUCGUGGCAAGUGUUCCCACUGGAUCCUUCUACGUCUGUGCAGGGUUUUGGCACUGUUUGAAGAUAAUAUUUCGAAAAGAAGGUGUAUCCGGCUAUUACAAAGGAUUCAUGUUAUCCGCUAUUAAAUCCAUGAUAGGAACAACUUUAAAUUUUUUUACUUAUGAAUUUAUUCUAGCUAUAUAUUCACCUGUGCGCAAAUCUAUUGAUGGCGACGUGUGA